AGGACGCAGAGCAUGCUGGGUAGAGGUGAAAGGUCAGAGUCAGAAAGAUACUUUCAAAGCAAGCUUCCCAAGGAAAAUGGGCACCCAGGGAAAAUCUCCACCUUACCCCUCUCCAUCAUCGCUCUUUCAGGUUAUUAAAUGCAAGGCAGCCAUUGCCUGGAAAACUGGCAGUCCCCUUUGCAUUGAAGAAAUUGAGGUGUCCCCUCCUAAAGCUUGUGAGGUUCGGAUUCAGGUAAUCGCCACGUGUGUGUGCCCUACUGACAUCAAUGCCACCGAUCCUAAGAAGAAAGCUCUCUUCCCGGUAGUCCUUGGUCAUGAGUGUGCAGGAAUUGUAGAAAGUGUUGGGCCGGGAGUGACCAACUUCAAACCAGGUGACAAAGUAAUCCCAUUCUUUGCACCACAGUGCAAAAGGUGCAAGCUCUGUCUGAGCCCUCUCACAAACCUCUGUGGAAAACUCCGAAACUUCAAAUACCCCACUAUUGAUCAGGAGCUCAUGGAAGACAGAACCAGCAGGUUUACCUGCAAAGGAAGAUCAAUUUACCAUUUCAUGGGCGUCAGUUCAUUCUCUCAAUACACUGUGGUUUCAGAGGCCAAUCUUGCCAGAGUCGAUGAUGAGGCAAACUUGGAGAGAGUGUGUCUGAUUGGAUGUGGGUUCUCAUCAGGCUACGGGGCUGCCAUCAAUACUGCCAAGGUCACCCCCAGUUCCACUUGUGCUGUCUUUGGCCUGGGGUGUGUAGGUCUUUCUGCCAUAAUUGGGUGUAAAAUAGCAGGUGCUUCCAGAAUCAUAGCUAUUGACAUCAACGGUGAGAAGUUCCCAAAAGCCAAGGCCCUGGGAGCCACUGACUGCCUGAAUCCCAGGGAGCUAGACAAACCUGUCCAGGAUGUCAUCACUGAGCUGACAGCUGGAGGUGUGGAUUACUCCCUUGACUGUGCAGGAACAGCUCAGACCUUGAAAGCAGCUGUGGACUGCACUGUAUUAGGCUGGGGGUCGUGCACUGUGGUCGGAGCAAAGGUUGACAAAAUGACUAUACCCACCGUGGACGUUAUAUUGGGCCGUUCUAUAAAUGGAACAUUCUUUGGUGGUUGGAAAAGUGUAGACUCUGUCCCAAACCUGGUUUCUGACUACAAGAAUAAGAAAUUCGAUCUGGACUUACUGGUGACCCAUGCCCUACCUUUCGAGAGCAUAAAUGAUGCCAUUGACCUGAUGAAGGAAGGAAAAAGCAUCCGAACAAUCCUGACCUUCUGAAAAUGCCAGGAGCAACUUGGAAUGUUAUCUGAUUGGAUCCGAGCCUGUCUGGAUGAUUUAUUACCUCACAUGAUGAGCCAAAGAAAGCCUGCAUUUACACUUUGUAUCAGCACAAAUGAACUAUAAAUUAUACAUUCACUGUUUUUUUUGCUUGCUGCUCUUUAGGGGCUGGUGUGUUUUCUGUUUGGGGGGAAUUUUAUAUGUUGAGUACUGGUACUCACAUGAUUUCUAUCUCACUGUCUCCCUCUCCGGCUCCUCUCACAUCCUGUCCCCUAACUCUCGAAUUCAUGACCUCUCUUCUUCCACUGUUACAUACAUACAUGUACGCAGAUGUAUAUACAGAUAGAAACUGCUGAGUCCAUUUAGUAUUAUUCAUGUUCUACAUGAGUAAUUGGCUAACCAAUCAGGAUUGGAUAACCUAUUGGGUGGCUCCUUCUUGGAGAAGACUGGUCGUCCUCUCUUCAUAGCCACUGACUGUCUGUAGGUCUUCACCUAGGGGUAUGUCUUGUGAGAUUUUCCCUUUCCACAUUGGAAUCUCAAUGGGUGUUGUUAUUGUCUAGGUCUUGUAUAGGAGACCAUGUCAUAAAGAAUCCAUAGAUGCGGUUCCCUGUUGUUAAUAUAUAGAAGACAUUAUCUGGAAGCAGAUGUCCUGUUUUGAGUGGAAUUUUUUUUAAAAAUUGUUUUUUAUAUUUGUCUUCUCCCUAAUCAAGGCCAAGCUUGACUACAGACUGAGAUGCUGUUUUUUAAAAUCCCGUACAAUGAGUGAAAUACAUGAAAGUCUAUGUUCUGACCGAUAGCUCCUUCUCCGACAUGUUCUCAUUCAUUAAUCGAUGCUGCUUCUUGAAAGGCUAGACGCAGCACAAACUACAUUUCUAGUGUCAGGCCAUUGUGCCAGACUAGAACUUGGUUCCCUCCAAAGGGAAAAACCGAAAAAUAUUAUGGUAAUGGUUUGCAGGGCAAUGCACUUUCUGUUGUUGUAAAGAACUGUCCUGGUCUCCAUUCUCUAAGGCUUUAGUCCAAAGAUCAAAAUUUUAAUACACAUAGACCACUGACCUUCUUCGGGUUAUUAAACCUACCUAUCAAAAUAUGUAUUCUCCCACAUAAUAAGGCAGAUGUCUUAUUUCUAAAAGCUGGUUUCGUGGGUCUGACAUUAGUGACAAUAUGCAUCCAUUCUAGUAAUCGUGUACAAGCACUUAAGUUUAGAAGGUAACCUAAUCACAGUACUACAAUACACUUGUCUGAAAAGCACAAAGGGUUUUCAUGUAGCCACUAUGCCUUUGGCACCUUAGUAUUCAAAAUGCUACCACAGCACCCUCUGGUGUUCCUUUUAAUUUUCCAUUUAUUAGAUGCCAUUUUCACUGAGAAAAGGAACUCAGAAUGAAUAGCAAUUUCUAUUGAUAUCAAAGCUACCAUUAUAAAGGGUUCCUUCCUAUGUAUUAGAUAAUGUGACUCUCAAACACUUUCUGCUGCAAGCCCCCUGAACCAGGGCCAUGUUCCGAACCCUGAGCACCUUACAGAGAGCAGGCCCUCCAGCCAUUCAAUCCUCUGUAAAUUGGACAAAGCAGACCUUACUAACUAAAGUCUUAUUACAGGGACACAAACACUAUCCUUCCAACUGCUUUAUGAGGGUGGUGCAUCUACACAGUUUUGGUUUGGUUUGGUUUUGGGGGGCUUUUAUUUUCUUUUCUUUUUUUUUUUUUUUUUUUUUUGGUUUUGAUGAUUGAUGGUUGGUUUGAUUUUGGUUUGAUUUGAUUUGCAUUAGAAAUCUGUCUCAAAAUGUAGACCAUGCUGGUAUGGAAUUCAUAGAGACCCACCAGCCUCUGUCUUGUGAGAGAGACACUACAAUUAAAGGUCUGUGUUGCCAACCCCAGUGCAUUUACCUAUAACAGACUCCUAUAACUAACUCCAAUAAACACAUUGGUUCACCAAAUUAA